CACGGUCUUUCUCUUCCCCGCCUCGGCAUUUUAACGACUUCUUUACCUUUCCACAGUAAUAAUUCUACCCUCUCCAAGAUGAAGUCCUUCGCUCUUCUCGCUACGCUCGUUUCUUUCGCCGUAGCCGCCCCAGCAGGUCUUGCUCUCCGCGCCGAGCAAUGCCCUCCCAUCCCCCAGGUAGCCCCGACUGGCCAACUCCCUAAGGGCGCCCUCUCGCCGAAAUUCCUGUUGCCCAUCUCCCAGAAGAAGCCCAACAAAGCCUUCCCAGGCGGCCAGUCAGCAAUAGUCACGCCCCACGACAAAUGCACGCUCACCCGGUUCGACAUCCCUGCCUCGGCUCAGAACAAAACCUGCAGCCUCGUGCUCUUCCUCGGCGGCUGCGGCACAGGAGAGUAUGAAAAGGGACCCGGCAACAUCUCCUUCCAGGGCAACCUCGGCAUCAGGUUCCCCGUUCCGGGCAAAACGACGUGGAACAACCAGCCCCCGCUGGCUCCCCCCUUCACGGAUGCGCCAAUCAUCAAGCUCGGCAACGCGUACCGUCUCGGCGGCGGCCCAUGCGACUACACGCCUGGCAAACCCUUCACCAGCGUCGGCGGAAGCAUCUGCAGCAACGACACCACACUUUCGUUUACCGAGUCUCGGGGCGGCCAUGGAAAGUGCCCCAUCGGCUUUCACAUCAUCAUCACCUAGAGAUGGCUCCGACGACCCCGACGAGCUUUGAGGACGAAGAAAUAAUAGUAUUUUUUAAUCAUGGAUGUCUAUCUAGUUGGAGAAGAGAAUAGAAGAUUUUUGUUGCAAAUGUUGGGUUCGAAACGCAUCAGCUCCGCUGUGAUCAUGAGAUAGCUCAUUCUGGAGGUCUUCAGUGCACUUUUCAAAUUCAAAGCUGCCAUGGUACCCUUUUUACCCUCUCUUCUCAGUCUCUGAAGACUCGUGGAAUCGAUUCGUCUCGUCCAGCUAUUGCGAGUAUAGUAGUUCCGAAAAGCGUGAGAGCCGAUGUCGGGGUCUGCCCACACAUCCCCAAUCUUCAAAGCCCGCUUGAACGGCCUUAGCAUUUGCAUGCCGAUUUCUUUUGUGAAGUCUUCGUCGCGGAAGAAGAUCUACCGUUCACGCGGGGUUUUUGGCUUGUCCGCCGCGCCGCUUUCGAUGGCGUCCGCAAU